UGAUCUGUCAAAGCAGGCAACGCAACGUUACAGAUAAUAGGAUUUAAGGGAGGGAGAGAUCUCCCCCCUCCUUUUUUUUCUAAAUCUUUCCUUUUCUCCCCCUCUCCUUUUGGUCCUCGCUCCAUAUUGAACAACGGCGCGGCAAGCUCGGACGCUUUGCUGGCUGGCCAGACUUGGGGUUGCCCGCUUCCCUUCCUUUGGAUGAAGACGGAGAGAAAGGGAGGAGGAGGAGGAGGAGACAAGGGGAGCGAGAGGGCGAUCCACGCAAGACGGCGGCGGGGAGCGGGCCGAGAGGCAGGCAGCCGAGACGUUUCCCUCUCCUCUCUUUCCCUGCGAAGUGUGGCAGCUGUUCCUGAAGCGAAGACUUCGCAGGAGGCGCGUGGAGCCAUGAUUGCUGGCUUGUAAGGCUGCGCGACGUUGUGUGCGUGGUGUGUGUGCCUUGCCCAGUUGCCGGCGGCGUGCGCGUGUGUUUGCGCGCGUGUGGAUGCGGCGGCGGCGCUGCUGCUGCUUUGGCCCAGCCACAACAAUGUGGAUCCCGCAAAAGAUGAGGAAUUGAGGAGAGAGAAAGGAGAGGAGAAGAGCGGACGCGUGCUUGGAAACAACACCCCGGAGGAUCGUGGUUAUUUCGAAGGAGGGAGGGGGGGAUCCACAACGAAGAAACUUAUGGAAGAAUGAAGGAGAUGGUGGGUGGCUGCUGCGUCUGUUCUGACGAGCGGGGCUGGGCGGAGAACCCCUUGGUCUACUGCGAUGGGCACGGCUGUAACGUCGCCGUGCAUCAAGCAUGCUAUGGAAUUGUACAAGUUCCCACCGGACCAUGGUUCUGUCGAAAAUGUGAAUCCCAAGAAAGAGCCGCCAGGGUGAGGUGUGAGCUGUGUCCCCAUAAAGACGGAGCACUGAAGCGGACCGAUAAUGGAGGCUGGGCCCAUGUCGUCUGCGCUCUGUACAUCCCCGAGGUGCAGUUUGCUAAUGUUCUCACCAUGGAGCCUAUUGUCCUCCAGUAUGUUCCCCAUGACCGGUUCAACAAGACUUGUUAUAUCUGUGAAGAGCAAGGCAGGGAGAGCAAAGCAGCCUCCGGAGCCUGCAUGACUUGCAACCGUCACGGCUGUCGGCAAGCCUUCCAUGUCACUUGUGCUCAGAUGGCUGGGCUCCUGUGUGAAGAAGAGGUCUUAGAAGUCGACAAUGUGAAAUACUGUGGAUACUGCAAAUACCACUUCAAUAAAAUGAAGACGUCACGCCAUCCUGGAAGUGGCCCUUUCAAUACAGUAAGGAGGAGCCGGUCACCGUCACCUGCUCAAGAGAAGCACGUGCCCCACCAUGAGAAACCAAAGAAGAGCCGGAAAGACAAGGAACGGCCCAAACAGAAGCACAAGAAGCAUUCAGAAUCACCCACCAGUCUCACGCUGUCCUCCCCACCCAUUGUCCCUGAGAAGCAGAUUUCCACCAAUCAUCUCGAGAGCAGUAAAGAAACAUCGGAGGUCAUCAGGUCGGAGGUGAAAGGCAAAAAGUCUUCAAGCCAUGGCACAAGCCACAAGGCCAAGAAGUCGGGAAGUGGGAAAAGCUCAACGGGUUUUGUAUCAUCAUUGUCUUCCAGUGGGACAUUUCCACCUGCAGGUACCUCAUGCAGCUCCUUGCCAUUCUCCCAGGACUUUGUGACCUUCCCGAAGCUUGAGCAGCAGCAGCCCACAUCAGAAGACGAAAAGUACCGCAAACCUGUCUCUUCCUCCUCGUCUUCCGCGCAUUGCUCUCCAUUAUACGAAGGGCAGAAGAGCGACAUCUUUGAGCAGAAAGUGAUCUUCUCGGGCUUCGGCUCCAUCAUGCGCUUCUCCACCUCAGCCAUCAGCCAGCAGAAAGCCCGUGACGCUUCACCUGUGGACUACAAGGCCUCCAACUCUCUUGGUGGCCCAACUGGGGGGAGUGUUGGCAGUGGCAGCAGCAGUGGGAGUGUUGGCGGUGGCAGCGGCAACAGCCACAAAAGAAUGCCGUCCCUCAAUGUGGAAGAGGGAGAAGUCCUGAAAGAAAAAAAGCACAAAGCCAACAAGAAGAGCAAGCAUGGUCCAGGCAGGCCAAAAGGGAGCAAGAACAAGGAAGUUCUGGGAGCCCAGCUGGUUGGGUCCACGGCUACCUCCUCCUCACCUUUCUCUGCGGGAUCCCUGGUCAGCUCCAGCAUUGGUGGAUCCUCACGGGCUUUCAGCCAUGCAGCAGCUCUUCCAAGCCUCAGUCUGGAAUCUCCGCUCUUGGGUUCAGGGAUCUAUACAAGCAACAAGGACCCCAUUUCACAUGGGGGUGGGGUGCUCAGGACUGUGUGCAGCACUCCUCUCUCUUCCAGCCUUCUGGCUCACCAAGGCACUUCUUCACUCCCCCAGCUUACUCGCUCACCCUUCGCUAGCACCAUCCCGGCCUCCUCAUCCUCUUCUGUAUCCACUACCCAGGUUUUCUCACUGGCAGGUCCUACAUUCAGUCUCCCUUCCUCACACAUCUUCGGAAGUCCACUCACCUCUGGGCUGUCUAUGAACCCACUGCUAAACCAAUCGGAAAACAACCGAACAGAACCGGAUUUGGAAGACUGUAAUUUUGCCUGUCGAGGAUCAUCACCCCAAGAAAGCCUUUCUUCCAUGUCCCCAAUUAGUAGCCUUCCCACCCUCUUUGACCAGACAGUGGCAACAAACAGCGGGCAGCUGGAAAAUGUCCCCCAGGCUACACCAAACAUUGAGCAGCUCCUGGAGAAACAAGGCAACGGGGAAGCUGGCGUCAACAGUGAGUCCCAGAGAAACUGCCUUGAAGGGACCCUUUGGUUGGCUGAGGCUGGGAUUAAUCAAGUGGAGGGACAAACCACAGCACCUGUUGUAGAAAUGCUCAAAGCUCUUCAUUCACUGCAGAAGGAGAACCAACGCCUCCAGGAGCAGAUCAUGACUUUGGCAGCUAAAAAGGAACGCUUGCAGCUUCUGAAUGUCCAGCUCUCUGUUCCUUUCCCAAUGGUCACCACCAGCAAUGGACCCUCAGGCCAAGCGCAUUAUAUCUUAGCCCCUAAUGUGUGCAACAGUGACUCUCUGAGUAUCACCAAGAGCCCUCCCUGCAAGAACAGCUUUGGCAUGGAAAACUCUCUCUCGACAUCCUCCGAGGAUCCUCACUCAGGUUGCCCGAGCCGAAGCAGCUCCUCCCUCUCCUUCCACAGCACGCCUCCCCCGCUGCCCAUGUUGCAACAGAGCCCUGCCUCCCUCUCACUGGUUACUGGGGUCCAGCAACAGCAGUCGCAGCAGCAGCCACCAGUGAAUGGUUUGGCCAGGACAAUGGGGAAUAUCCAUGGUGGAGUCACAACUUCCAAUCAUAGCCUGAUGGAGGGUCUCCUUGGGAGCCUCGCAGGAGGGCAGCAAGUUCCCAUCAACGGCAUUUUAGGAGGCCUGAAUGGAGCAAUAGCCGCCCAGACACAGAAUCCCCUCUUGGCACAGACCAGUGGUCACCCAAACCUGCAGCUUUCCACCAGCCAAAGCAGCACGCCCAACGCCACUCACCUGACAGAGCACCAGAGGCAACUCCUCAGCCAGCAUGAACUCCAACUGCAGCAACUCCAGCAGCUCUUGACCUCACAGCCACUCAGCCCAGAACAGCAGGCGCUGGUGUUUCAGAUGAUUCAACAAAUUCAACAGAAAAGGGAGCUGCAGAGGCUCCAGAUGACCAGCAACUCGCAACUGCCCAUGACCGGUCUGGGGACAGCCACCUCCGCCUCCCUUCUCCAUUCCAACAACACUGUGCCAUCUGCUGCCAACAGCACCCUCCUUUCCUCCAUCUCCCCCCAGCAGCUCAACUCAGCCAGUUCUUUGAUGGCUUCUUCACCACUCAGCACACAUGGGAACAGUCUCAUGUCAUCUGCAGCAGGGGCUACUAUCCCACCUGUCCUGGCGGCACAAACAAACCCUUUCCUCAACCUGCAGGGUGAUGGCAGCAGCCAAAAAGGAAUGAGCAUGAAUGAAAAGGGAGGUGCCCCUGUCCAGGACAAGGGAUAGCUUUGGCAACACCAGGACAUUCUCUGCCAUAGGAAAUUCUCUUCCCUGAGCCAUGGAUCCCAAAACGUAGAGCAACCACCUGAUGCCAGACUUCUGAGAAAGUCUGCUUUGCCACGGGGCAGAACAACACCAAACGGAGGUGCAUUGGGAGUCUAUGUUCCUUGGUUCUGUCCUCUUUCUGAAGGAGGCAAGUGGAGUAAACCCUCCCCUCCCUGACUGGCUAUAUCUGCUGUGCAGCACUUACUUCAUGACAAGUUGCACUUCAGGGGAAAUGGGGAAGCAGUCUGCUAAGAGAAAUCCCCUGCAAAGAUAGGCGCUGUGAGAUGUGACCGUGUCAUCUGCAGAAGAGGACACUUCCCAACCAAGGCAGAAAGAUGCAGCCACAGUGAUCGGGGGACAAGAUGGGACUUCUGAGGUCUCCAAUACGUACGUAACAGGGUGAAGUUGAGAAGCUCUUCUUUGGAGGGAGAGAGAUACAGAAACAAGAGCUUUGCUCCCAAGAGGAAACAAAGGGGCCAAUGGAUAUGGCUUUGUUGACUCUUGCUGGGAUGUGGUUCUGGUCGUAGAAAAGCCAGCACAACAAGAACAGUUAUCUCGGUUCUCCCAAGUCUCUGCCAGUCUUACAUUUUAACAAUGGCCUUCCUUGCUUGGACAAGAUGCUUCUUUUCCUCACCUUCAGGAGCCUUGUGUGUGUGGAGCAGGGCCUCAGAUCAAGCGGGCCAUGACAACGAGAGCUUCCUCCUCACAUUACUAGCCCAAAGGGCUCUGGGCAGCUAUUCUGUCAUUCCCUUGUCAACGUGUUUUUGUGGGAAAACAAAGAAACUGGUGAGAUAGCACAGGAAGACUCCAUUUGGAAAAUGCCGAUGUCCAAACCUGCUUCUGCCUCUUAAGUAGGCAAUUGCAUGUUGAAAUUCUUGUCUAGAAGCACUCAAUCUAUGUUCACCUUUGUAGUGAACUUUCUAGCCACUUAAAAAGAUGUUUUCCUACUUAGACCAGCCACUCCAAAGCCAACACCAAAGAAGCAGGGCCAGGACUUUAUCUAUGGGCAGGAGUUGUUUCUUCCAUCUCCAGGUAGCUCUGUUCAGAUAAACAAAAACAUCUUCCAUCCCUAUCUCCAGAACUAGGCUCGGUCAGAUCAUAGAUAAUGGAGAAUAUUGGUCUUCCCACCAACUUUAAGACCUCAUUUACCUCUGGUAACCGAUGGCCGCAGCAAAAGCAUUCAUUCCCUUCUUCUUAAAGCAGUUUUUGAAGCAUGUCAAGAUGAGAUGAAAUGGGAAUCGUGGUCGGUUGUUUUAAGCAACCUGAGCCAUCCCUAUCUUUUGCUGGAUAAAUGCAGAUUUUUCAAGGAAGCAAGACGCCAGGUGACUGGGGGAAAAAAAAACACCUACAAACUUUAAAAAGCUUUCCUGCCUUCAGUCAUUUUAGGCACAUCUCCACCACCUCUUCCAAUUUGCACUAUUUUCAAACACUGGUGGUGGGCAUGUGCAGAUGACUCCCAAGUAUGACCACUGCUGUUUAAAAAAUCUUUUUAUUUUCCCCUAUGUGGUUUUGCUUUGCUUUCUUCUGCUUUGUUAUUUUUUAAUGAAAAGAAGAAAAAUUCUCACCACAUGGUUGAGCUGGAUGCGAAGGGAAAAAGAAAAGAGAGAAAAGAGGAAGUGGUUUUCAAGGAUGUGCUCUUUUUAAUUCACCCGUGCAGAUGUGUUUGGCUUCAACUUUUGUGCGCGAAUGUGGGGUUUAGUUUUGCAGUGUGUAUGUGUGGGAAUUUGUUUUUAAAAGAAAGCUACUGGAAACUAACAAAAGCAGCAGCGAUUCCAAAUGGACCCUUCCCUUCUUUUCACUUGUGGCAGCUCCUGCAUAAAUGAAAAUGCAGUCGAAAAUCGAAACGACCCCUUCCAUUCUCCCUUCUCUUUGGCGAGGCAUUAGCAAACGUGACAGAUAGAAGCUAUUAUCAGUGGAAUGCACUUAAGCUUUCGAUAGCACUCACCUCUCUCAAGCACUCAGGCCAGUGUUUCGGCCCCAUUCCAGAUCAAUUUUUGUCCUUUGCUGUCUUGGUGGCAUUGUUCUUGGCCUCUUGUCGAGCUGCCAAUGAAUGCUUCCAUAUGGAGAACUCUCCUCAGUUUCAGUCAAGACAUUGUGCAACUAGUCUGCCUGUUCCUCCUUAAAAGAGUAUUAUUAUUAUUAUUAUUAUUAUUAUUAUUAUUGGAGCCCCCGGUGGCACAGUGGGUUAAACCCCUGUGCCGGCAGAACUGAAGACCGACAGGUUGCAAGUUCGAAUCCGGGGAGA